AUGUCUCGACAUCUGCUGAGACCGAUAUCAAAAUGCAACCUUAGUCCUCUCCGCGCACGACAGUUACGAGGUCUGUCGACCGCCAAAACAAACCGUGUUCGAUUGAUCGAAGUUGGCCCCCGAGAUGGGUUACAGAAUGAGAAGACUGUCAUUCCAUUAAAGACGAAAAUUGAGUUGAUUGAGAGAUUGGCGCAGACUGGGUUGAGAGAUAUAGAAGCUGGCAGUUUUGUGUCUCCGAAAUGGGUCCCGCAGAUGGCAGCAUCCUCCGAAAUCCUCACACACAUCCAGAACCACCCUCCACAAUCAGAUAACCCAGUAUCCUACGCCUUCCUAGCACCAAAUACGAAAGGACUCGAGAACGCCCUUUCCACCCUGGACGCAAGUCCCCAGAAUCCAGAUUCUAACCACAAAAUCGAACUCGCAGUCUUCGCGGCCGCAACCGAAUCCUUCACACAAAAGAACCUGAAUUGCAGUAUAGCAGAAUCCUUACAAAAGUUCGAAUCUGUAAUCAAAGGCGGCAAAGCAGCAGGCUUGCGAGUUCGCGCCUACAUCUCUGUGGUCCUUGGCUGUCCCUUUGAGGGAUACGAUGUAGACCCGAAGAAAGUCGCUGAGAUAGCUUGUGAUCUGAUGGAAAUGGGCGCAGAUGAAAUUGCGCUUGGUGAUACCACUGGAAUGGGCACGGCACCGCGUACGAGGGAUCUCUUGAAAUCUAUGCAAGCAGCUGGGAUUCUGAAUGAAGAUAUAGCGAUGCAUUUCCACGAUACAUAUGGGCAGGCAUUGGUAAAUACAGCCAUUAGUCUGGAGCACGGAAUCCGGAAUUUCGAUUCGAGUGUUGGUGGACUUGGAGGAUGUCCGUAUAGUCCUGGGGCGACGGGGAAUGUGAGUACGGAGGAUAUGGUUUAUUUUAUGGAGAGUCUGGGGAUGGAUACGGGCGUGGAUCUUGAUGCGGUGGUGGCUGUUGGGGAUUGGAUUACGAGGGAGAUUGGGAAGGCGAAUUCGAGUAGUGUUGGGAAGGCUAUGCUUGGGAGGAGGAAAGCGGAAUGA